AUGAUGAGUUAUAUUGACUUGCUAGUAUCGUUUUGGGGAUAUGCACUUCAAACUGCAACAUACCUGCUAAACAGAGUACCUUCCAAAUCUGUGCCCAGAACAACAUAUGAAAUGUGGUUUGGGAGGAAGCCAAGUCUGAAUCAUCUUAAGAUAUGGGGUUGUCCAGCUUAUGUCAAGAAGCAUGAUAUUGAAAAGCUAGACGCUAGAUCAGAAAUGUGUAGAUUCAAUAGAUAUCUAAAGGAAACUUUAGGAUACUACUUCUACCAUCCAAACAAACAAAAUGUGUUUGUUGCAAGAUCUGCAAGAUUUCUCAAGAUUGAUUUUGCAUUGGAUGGCACCUAUGUCCAAAAGGUUAAGCUCAAGGAAAAGUCUAGAGAGCCUCAUGAACUUGAAGUAGAGUCUGAUCCAGUUGACAAUCUAGUCCCUUUACCCACACUCACCCAAACUCCACGUAGGUUUGAAAGGAUCAGUAAAGCCAUGAAGUCUGAGAUGGAUUCUCAUGGGAGAUGA